CCGUUAAAGCGUUCGAAGGUGUUCUUUUUGUUUGGAGAGGAAAAUUCAUUUUGAUUCCAAUUGGUCAAGGGAUCAAAAGUCAGACAACCUGUCGGAUAGCUGCGCAAUUAUGUGCUGAGGAGUUCACGUCUUGAAAGAGAGGAAAAACGAAGGUUUAUUUCGCUAUGCAGGCUUCGUACGGACCACCUCCUCCAACUGUGCCGUCCACGUCUCAAUGUGUUACUCGCGUUCAGUUGAACAUUUCUUGCAGGAAUCUGCUCGAUAAAGAUGUGAUGUCCAAGUCUGACCCAAUGGCUGUUGUCAUGAUAUUGAAAAACAGCAGCUGGUUCGAGGUUGGAAGAACAGAAAAGUUGGAUAACACAUUAAAUCCUCAAUUUUCAAAAGCUGUAAUCAUAGAUUACUUUUUCGAGGAGCUGCAAAAGUUGAAGUUUUUCAUUUAUGAUAUUGACAAUCCAAAUACUACAAGUCUUAAGUCUGCAGAUUUCUUGGGAGAAAUGGAAUGCACUUUGGGUCAGCUUGUGUCAUCUGGAACCUACACAAAACCACUUGUUCUAAAAGGCACUCCAAAUCAGGCUGGUACCAUAACGGUGGUGGCAGAAGAAGUUUCAGGUGGAAGUGAUGAAGUGCUUUUACAGUUUAGAGCAGAGAAACUUGACAAGAAGGAUUUUCUUGGAAAGAGUGAUCCUUAUUUGGAACUUGCAAGAUCAAAAGAAGAUGGAACAUUUGUUGUUGUGCACAGAACAGAGGUUAUUCAGAACAAUUUAAAUCCCAAAUGGAAACCAUUUCAAAUACCAGUUCAACAACUUUGCAAUGGAGACUAUGACAGGACCAUCAGAAUUGCAUGUUUUGACUGGGAUUCAGAUGGAACACACGACUUCAUUGGUGCAUUUACCACAAAUCUCCGUGAGAUGUGUUCAAUUCAACAGCCCAGGGAGACUCAGUGGCCAUGUAUAAAUGAGAAGAAGCAAAAGAAAAAACGUGGGUACAAGAACUCUGGAUUAGUCUUCCUUUCAAAGUGUGAGGUUGUUAAAGUGUCCUCAUUUUUAGACUUUAUCCAGGGUGGCUGUCAACUGAACUUUACGGUAGGAAUAGAUUUUACAGCCUCCAAUGGUGAUCAGAGCAAAUCAACCUCCCUUCACUACAUCAACCCCUACGCCCCAAAUGAAUACAUGCAGGCACUAACAGCUGUUGGAGAAAUCAUUCAGGAUUAUGACAGUGACAAGUUGUUUCCUUCUUUUGGUUUUGGUGCAAGAAUUCCACCCACAUAUCAGGUGUCUCAUCAAUUUCCACUAAACUUCAAUCCCAGUAAUCCAUACUGUGCAGGUCUUCCUGGCUUAGUCCAAGCUUAUCAAACUUGUAUACAAAGUGUGCAGCUUUAUGGUCCAACUAACAUCUCGCCUAUCAUCAAUCAUGUUGCACACUUUGCAAUGCAAGCAGCUCAAACCCCAGCUGCCACUCACUACUUCAUACUGCUCCUUUUGACUGACGGCGUAAUCACAGAUAUGGAUCAGACCAAGCAGGCUGUUGUAGCAGCUUCAGCGCUUCCUAUGUCAAUCAUUAUUGUUGGUGUUGGAAGUGCUGACUUUCAAAUGAUGGAAGAGCUAGACAGUGAUGACAGAGUCAGGCUGAUGUCACAUGGCAAAGCUGCUCAGAGGGAUAUUGUUCAAUUUGUCCCCUUUAGGAAGUUCAAAACUGUUUCUCCUGCUGCAUUAGCCAAAGAAGUAUUAGCCGAGAUACCCACACAAUUGACAGGCUAUUACAAGGCAAGAAGCAUUUUACCGCAGCAGCGGCCAACACCCUGAGACAGUGUGUUUAAUAAUAACUAUAUUGGAACGAUUAAAGGAAAACUGAGUGUCUAGUUUUAAGGUUAUUUUAAGCCUCAUAGGCAUGUGGUCUUAUUGGGCUGAAUAGAGAAGGGAGGGGGAGGUUAUUUAAAAUCUAGUCCUUUUAAAAGAAAUAGUGUGAAUUUUGUGUCGUUUAUUACUUAUUAGACAUCACAUCUGGACAAAAACUAGCAGUAAAAGUUGAAUAUGGUGAUGAAUAAUUUUAAAAGCAUACUGUUAAAUGCACCAGGUGUUGAAAUGAUUUUUUCAGUGCUGAUAUUUUAAGUUUACUUCUUGACAGAGUUAGGACAAAUAGUCAAACAAACAUGAAGACUGUAACAGACACUGUCAGAUCUGCAUUGUAUUUUUUAUAAUCCAGUUUAAGUUCAAAGCUUAUCAUACAGACAU